UGAAAUCAGAUUAUGUACCUCGAGGUUUACACUCAACUCUGACUCUCCGAGAAACCUGUGACCAAUAGAGCUGUUUGGGAAGAAUCUCUCACAAACUCCUCGUCCUCCCCAAAACCUCUUCCGGUCAAUCCUCAUCACCAUGAUAUACGUCGGCGGGGUUCCAUUCUCUACUGGUUCCGAUGAUUCAUCUUCGUCUCAGGGAAACGAUAUAUUGAUGGCCUUAAUGGAGCAUCCUGCUUUGGUAUCUGCAUCAUCUUCAUUUAGUGCCGUCCAGGAGAGGAAAUUUUCUCUUUCCAAUGACUCUCAUUUGGUGAGAACAAGACAAAUUAAAUGGGUCUAUAUUUUCCAAAAAGAAUAUGCAACUGUGGAUCCUUCACUUGUUGAUUUGGUUGGUACUGAUGAGGCAACAACCUGUGUAGGUCUUAUCGUACGAAACCCAAAAAGUGGAAUGAUCUCUGUUGCCCAUAUGGAUUCUCCACGUAUUGUUGAAGUUGGCUUAACCCAGAUGUUAUCUUCUGUUCUUGAUCAAAACAGUGACACCAUUUUGGAUGUGCAUUUAAUUGGUGGUUUCAAUGAUGUCUCACAUCAACACGAAAAUGGUGUUACAGAAAGUCAUGAAAAAUUAGAGGGAUAUUCCUUUCCCCUGUGUUCCAAGAUAGUUGAAAUUCUGGGAAAGAGCAUCAACAAGUUCAAUAUUCAAACUCUACAUGUUCUUGGUUAUAACACCAGACAAGAUUCAGAAGGAAAUCCAUACCCAAUCUUCAAUGGUUUCCUGGUGGAAACUGCCACUGGAUCAAUUUUUCCAGCAAGCUUUGAUGGAACUACUAGAUGUCCUGAUGAACUCGUUAGGAGAAUCCGAGUGACCGCUUCUUUUGAGGACCCCAGUUGCAAGGGUAGACUGCUGGAGACAUAUGAUACUCAGUCUGACAAAUUCGUAAUUGCUCCUUGUGCUUGGACCAAGCGUCAAGUGCAUAUUGCUCUAUCGUUGCAAAACCUAUCUGAUUCAGAAAUCCUUCAUAUGUGUUCCACUUCACCUUUUGCUGAGGCUCCUGACUUUGUGGAUAACCAAAGAAGGCAAUGGGAAUAUGUAUUGGAACACCCAGACUGGAGAGAAACAUUUCCCUCCAAACAGCCCCGAAUAUUUGAGAGGACUGCUGAUGGGAGUUGGGUCAGGCACCCUGUGAGGCCCAGAGGCUCUACAUUUGUGUAUGCCAAAUAAGCUUUCAUUUCAUUUCAUGCCGUUGGCAGACAAAUGUAUUAACUAAUUAUCAGGUUUCACACUCAGGUUAGCUGCACUUGCUCAUA